AUGGAGCUUAUCCUCUCGCAAUGGGAAGAUAAGGAGAUUGUCUAUAUUCCCAAGAAGCCUGUGGCCACAGUGGCGUCCAUUGAUACGCAUGACAUCAAGACUCUGAAGGAUCGAGGCUACAAAAUGAAGGCGAACGAUGAGAAGGCACUUUUGGAUUGUGGGGUUCGAAUUGACCGUCAGGGCUUCUUCCAGAAAAAGGGAGUGAAGGACUCGCCCUAUUUCGCCAACUUGCAAGGUCAAGUUUCCAAAUGGUCAGUUUGGCAAGUGAAUGUACAGACUGGUCACGAGUUUGGUGUAGAUGCUAUCAGGAAGAAAAUGGCAGAGAGUAUGAACGCGAAACCGCCGAAGGAGCUCUGGCUGGAGGCAUAG